AUGGAGAGGCACGAUUGGGUGGAGAGGCAGGACUGGGUGGAGAGGCAGGACUGGAUGGAGAGGCACGAUUGGGUGGAGAGGCAGGACUGGGUGGAGAGGCAGGACUGGAUGGAGAGGCACGAUUGGGUGGAGUGGCAGGACUGGGUGGAGAGGCAGGACUGGAUGGAGAGGCACGAUUGGGUGGAGAGGCAGGACUGGGUGGAGAGGCAGGACUGGAUGGAGAGGCAGGACUGGAUGGAGAGGCAGGACUGGAUGGAGAGGCAGGACUGGAUGGAGAGGCACGAUUGGGUGGAGAGGCAGGACUGGAUGGAGAGGCAGGACUGGAUGGAGAGGCACGAUUGGGUGGAGAGGCAGGACUGGAUGGAGAGGCAGGACUGGAUGGAGAGGCAGGACUGGAUGGAGAGGCAGGACUGGAUGGAGAGGCAGGACUGGAUGGAGAGGCAGGACUGGAUGGAGAGGCAGGACUGGAUGGAGAGGCAGGACUGGAUGGAGAGGCACGAUUGGGUGGAGAGGCAGGACUGGAUGGAGAGGCAGGAUUGGAUGGAUUAG